ACACGCCUGCUGCUCCGCCGUCUCUCCCAGAGCUCCCGCCUGCGCAUCGACAUGCCUCCCCCUGUCCUGGCGCUGGUGAGUGGCCAGGCGCUCCCAGCCUUCCUGCUCUGCAGCACACUGCUGGUCAUCAAGAUGUACGUGGUGGCUGUCAUCACCGGCCAAGUGAGGCUUCGGAAGAAGGCUUUUGCCAACCCUGAGGACGCCCUGAGACACGGAGGCCUCCAGUAUUGCCGGAGUGACCAGGAUGUGGAUCGCUGCCUCAGAGCCCACCGGAAUGACAUGGAGACCAUCUACCCCUUCCUGUUCCUGGGCUUCGUUUACUCCUUCCUGGGGCCUGACCCUUUCAUCGCCCAGAUGCACUUCCUCGUCUUCUUCCUGGGCCGCAUGGUGCACACCGUGGCCUACCUGGGGAAGCUGCGGGCACCCACCCGCUCCCUGGCCUACACCGUGGCCCAGCUCCCCUGUGCCUCCAUGGCCCUGCAGAUCGUCUGGGAAGCAGCCUGCCACCUGUGACCUGCAGCUGACACCGCCUCGGCCACCAGACCACUGGCCAUGAGCCGCUGUGACUGUACCUGGGGGACUGGGCAUCCCUUCAAGAUUGUGAUAGGCUCCCAGGACCUGGCUUCUUGGCAGCGUGCUGAACACAGGAUCCCGGGCACCGCAGGCCUGCGUGUGUUGGCAUGAACGUAUGCACAUGUAUGUGUGCGUGCUCCUUGGAUUUCCGGGUGAAGUGGCUGAUUGGACCACGUAGAGAUGUCAGGAUUGCUAGAAAAUCCUUCCACUCAAAUACCAGAGCAUUAAAAACCACAUUCUUUCUUUGUUGC